AUGGAGGACGAAUUAUCAAGGAAGAAUGUAGCACGCGGUUACGCAAAGCGCACAAUCACGCGGCUUUAUCAGUAUUUAGAAGCAGAAGAGGCAAAUCUACUAAAGAACCACGUGGAGGAACUCAUGGUUCGGCGCGACCGACUGGAAAAAACUUUUAAUGAAUACGAAGACUUGUGCAAAGACAUUUUACAUUUGAAUCCCAAAGAUGAGGAGUGCGUGGACGUCGUCGAAGAAAAGUUUUACAAAAUGGUAACGAUGUUAAACAAGGCGAUUGCGCAACGUGGGUUUGCACCCGCGUCUUCAACCAAUUCAGUUGCUCAACCGAGUGUAGCGGCAAAAACUCACUUACCUCCCGUGGACAUCCAACAGUUUAACGGUAAAUUCACCGAGUAUAUACCAUUCAUAAGCCUUUUUAAAUCAAUGAUACAUAAUAAUUCAAGUCUAGACGUCAUACAAAAAUUAUACUACUUAAGAUCAUAUCUCAUAGGUGAACCUUUAGACUUAAUAAAAAAUUUACCAAUAACCCCUGAAAGCUAUAGUGAAGCACUCAAAUUAUUAGAAAAUAGGUAUGAAAAUAAGUAUAAAAUUGUGAAUGAACACAUAAGCCAUUUGUUAGAUUUAAAAUGUAUCACUAAGUCCACGGCUAGUAAUUUAAGAGACUUUGUGUCAUGUAUUAGACAACAAUUAGCUGCCAUAAGCAUUCAUGAGCCUAAUGUAAUACAUUGGAGUCCCAUACUUCUUUGCAUUUUCUCCCGUAAACUAGAUAGCUUUACAACGAGAGCCUACCAAAUGGAUAGAAGCUCUGAUAACAAGCCGAGCCUGGAAGAGUUUCUCCAGUACCUUGAGAAACGGGCCUUGGCUUUAGAAAAUGCUGAGCAAGGUCACACUGCGGGUAACUCACGGGUAGCAGCUCUCGCCACGCAGGGAUCAUCAUGCAGUUACUGUACACAUAAGGGCAAAUGUAGGUUUCACUUCCGAUGUUCAGACUGCAAGGGCUGUCACAACAGCUUAGUCUGCAAUUCUCCCGCCCUGGCACCUCCUGUUACUUUGACAGGCAACAUUGAUAAUAAUGUACUCCUGCCCACAGCAAGAGUAAAGGUGUUCAGCAAGAAUGGCCGAGAGUACCGCAUCAAGGCUUUACUAGAUAGCGGUUCACAGGUAUCGUUAGUGACCUCAAAGGUCAUAAAAAUAUUAGAGUAA